CGUCGUCUUCCACUGUAUGUAUCGGGGCUACUGACCCACCCCUUUAGCCUAAGCGGCGACCUAGGCGGUCUUCUUUCGGGAAAAUGAGGUCUAGUGUUUCGCUUUUCCGGACUCUGGGCAAGGGCUUGGGGCUGUGCGCAGAUGCCGCAAACAGCCGCUUGGCGCAGAAGGCCGUGCCAGCCCUUACGGCUACGAUGUCGAGCACCGCCUCCGAUGCCGAGCCCAGCAAGGCGGCACAUUACGCCGCUGCGCUUGGAGGCAUUCUUGCUGGCGUCUUUGGCGCGUCUUGCGUCGCGACGGCCAGCGAGGUUGCUGAUGGUCUUCACGCGCCUCAUUACCCAUGGCCCCACGAGGGUGUGCUAGAUUCGUAUGACCAUGCCGCUAUUCGCCGUGGCCACAAGGUUUACCAGGAGGUCUGUGCGGCGUGCCACUCCAUGCAGUACUUGCACUGGCGCCAGCUGGUGGGGGUGUGCUACACGGAGGAGGAGGCCAAGGCGCUUGCGGCGGAGACGGAGGUUGAGGACGGCCCCAACGACGAGGGCGAGAUGUUCACCCGGCCGGGACGCCUUUUCGACGCCUUCCCGUCGCCCUAUGCCAACGAGCAGGCGGCACGCUACGCCAACGGCGGCGCCUACCCGCCUGACCUGACCCUCGUUUCGGGUGGUCGCCACAACGGCCAAAACUACAUCUUCUCGCUUCUCACCGGAUAUCGGGACCCGCCGGCGGGCAUUUCGGUUCGUGAGGGUCUAUACUACAACCCCUACUUCCCCGGCGGCGCGAUUGCCAUGCCCAAGAUGUUGGUGGACGGUGGCGUGGAGUACGACGAUGGCACACCCGCAUCAGCCUCACAGCAGGCCAAGGACGUGGUCACAUUCCUGACAUGGAGCUGUUAUCCGUACCAGGACGAGAUGCGGGUCAUGGGCAUCAAGGCCUGCCUCAUGAUCACAAUCCUCAUUGGCUUUGCCGCCUACUCGAAGCGCCUUCGCUGGGCCCCAAUCAAGUCGCAGCGUAUUGUCAUGGACGUCGUCAACUAAAGGACGGCUACCCUCAGGAUGCACGUCGCCACUGAAAACCCGUGUAACUCGACUCGACUCGGCAGCGCAGCUUGUCUCUUGUGCUGUUGUACUAAGUGACGCUAAGGACGAGGAGAUGGCGACGUGUGUUGGCGGGCGGCAGGCGUCACGCACACGCGCACGCACCUCUCCAGGGGAGGCCCUGCUGGACUAUUGACUUCCUGGACCCUGUCGCCGGGAGGUGGGGUUGCAAGGAGGACGAAAGCCUGGUAACUCGGUGUGGGCCUCGCGAGUGCCCCAGCGGCUUUAGAUCCUUAAAGGAAGAGGUUAACAUCGUUCUGGAGGCUUCCCAGUCCCAACGGUUUACACAGCUUUUGUGUCUGUCUUGCUAUUCCUGCGCGGUUUAGUUGUUUUGACCUCAUGGUUUCCGGGAGUGAGCCCGGCACCACCAGGCAGGCGAGGAACACCGGCGCGGGUGCGGGUCGGUGUGCGAAAGUGCGGGACCAGCCAGCUCGUGGCAUCGCAGCAGAUGUCGGCGGACAAGCGUGGCGGAGCAUGCUAGAGGAGGUUAGGGCGGGCUAGAUGUGUUUGCUGGCAUGUCGUUUGCGGGUUUCAUGCGUAAAAUGGUGCUUUGUUGAGGCGGCAGUGGUGGCGGUGGUGGGUUGCGUUGGUGGUGAAGUCGGCGCCGGCGCGCUUGCCAGGAGGAGGGCGAAGGAAGGGGUAUCAGCCGCUCGGGGGAUCCGAGGAACCGAGACGGACGCAUUUGCCUUUUGAAAGUGUCGCCGCCGGGUGCUUCUAACAGGGACCGGUCUUGGCACGUCCUUGAGGUGGCCAAAAAAGGAAAAGGGCAUAUGAAGUGCUAAAAGCAAGGCGAGCGCCAGGAGGCAAGAGAUGAAGAUGGACUACAGACAACUGUGGAGGUGCUUGUGCGUGCACGUUUUAAGCCAUGAUUCACGAAGCGCGCAUAUGGCUGUCCAACUCUGUUGGGAUUGUAAAUGUCCUCCAAGCCGGAUUCUCGCCGGAGGUUCUGGUAGCUGCCCGGCGCUAGCGGGGGAAUUGCGUCCUGGGCUUUGGGCUCGGUGACAUGCCUUGGGCUCUGUACGACGGUUUAGGACGGGGGGAUGGCACAUUAUUGCGUCCUUAGGCUUAUCAACCUGGCGAAUGGUGGUGUUUCUUUUAGUGUUGGGGCAAACGUGUGUGUUCUAAAGACCGACGUAGAUGGUCGAUCAUGUGUUUAGCGGCUUGUUCUGAUUUUACGGCAUGUUCCAUACCGUGUAAAAAAACAUGAUUGGGC